UUGGUUCUUGAUUAAUCUAAAGGUUUCCCAUGUCACCUAGUGAAGAAAUAGCUAGUCACGUUUUGUUUAUCAACAGAAAGGAAUCAAUUUGGUUCUUAUCGCUAGCAGCUUACUUAUGUUAAUACAUACUUCAACAAUGGGUGUCCUUACAACGCUUGUAUCUGUACUUGUAAUUCUUGUGCCAACAGCAACCUCGCUUUCGUGUGUGGAUCAGACAUGUGAUAGCACUCAUGUUUGCAAGCUUCAGUUCCAUCAAGGAGUUCUAGCUCACAACCACUGUGACAAGCUUCAUGCCCAUGGACAUCAUCCAAAAUGCAGUGAUCCAUUCCCUGCUGACGACCAUUGUCAUUGUGAUGAUGAAGCUUGCAUGAAUCGUCUAUAUGCAUUGAUGACAACUGCAGUCACUAUUGAUAUGACCACUGCUGACCCGAUGGUUAACCCAACUGCAGCACCUACACAGAGUGCUAUAACUACACAAGCAUCAGUAGUAACCACAACAGCCCAGCCACCUUUUACAACAAAGGUACCACAAACUUCUCAACCUGUUGUCACAACAAUGGCACCAAUGGCAACAACAACGAUGGCACCUGUAACUAUGGCUCCUACAACUCAAGCUACAACAGCAUUGGUAUGCAUGGACCAGGAUAAAAGAUGUAACGAUGCAAUUUACCAGCAAAUCCUAUGUCAAUCAGUCGAUAAUAGGGAUUACGCAAUUCGAACAUGUCCAAAGUCAUGCAAUUUAUGUGAUGAGUUCUUCGCUUUGAAAUCGAGUACAACACCUGUACCUGUUGUAACAACGACAGAAUUACCGACAACAACAUCGUUCCAGUGCGUUGAUCAUGAAACCAAAUGUAGUGAUACGUUUUAUCUAAGUAUUCUCUGUAAAGCUACAGACCAACCAUCAAAAGACUAUGCUCUAGCCACAUGUCCAAAGGCGUGUAACCUGUGUGGUUCAGUAGGAUCUCUGGAUCCGGCUUUCGGAUAAGAAAUUGGACUUCAGAUAGAUACAAGCUUUAGUGAAAAUAAAAAUGUC